AUGCACAGUAAGAGGGCCCUGAGACAAGGUAAUGACGACUUCAUCGAGUACGAGGAGGUACUUCGAUCAAGAAAAUCAGUCAACGAGACGUACCUGUGCCAGCCCAGCUUCAUUAGGAAACGUUUGUGCCAAGGGGUCCCUUUAGAACUAACAAAACAUAGGUGUACGACAAUUUACAACUGA